AUGGGUGCUCAGGACAUGGAGAGGCAAGCACUCAAUGUCUUCAGAAUGCGACUUCUUGGAGCUGAGGUAAGACCAGUUCAUUCAGGGACUGCAACUCUGAAGGAUGCUACAUCUGAAGCUAUACGAGACUGGGUAACCAAUGUGGAAUCAACUCAUUACAUCCUGGGAUCUGUUGCGGGGCCCCAUCCAUAUCCUAUGAUGGUAAGAGAGUUCCAUGCUGUGAUUGGUAAAGAAACAAGGAAACAAGCAUUGGAAAAAUGGGGUGGCAAACCUGAUGUGAUUGUUGCAUGUGUCGGUGGAGGUUCAAAUGCGAUUGGGAUCUUUCAUGAAUUUGUCGAUGACAAAGAUGUUAGGCUGAUUGGUGUGGAGGCUGCUGGUUUCGGUUUAGAUAGCGGUAAGCAUGCUGCCACAUUGACUAAAGGAGAAGUUGGAGUCUUGCAUGGAGCUAUGAGCUACUUGUUGCAGGAUGACGAUGGGCAAAUUAUCGAGCCACAUUCUGUUAGUGCUGGCCUGGAUUAUCCUGGAGUUGGACCAGAGCACAGUUUUCUUAAAGAUAUUGGUCGUGCUGAGUAUUAUAGCAUCACCGAUGAGGAGGCUUUAGAAGCUUUUAAGAGAUUAUCUAGGCUCGAGGGCAUCAUCCCUGCACUUGAGACAUCUCAUGCACUGGCAUAUCUAGAGAAGUUGUGCCCAACACUUCCAGAUGGAACUAAAGUUGUACUCAACUGCAGUGGAAGAGGAGAUAAGGAUGUUCAAACAGCCAUUAAACUGUUAAAGCUUUGA